CAAGAAUUUUUUUAUUUUUCCUAGAUCGACACCUAUGAAAAGCUGUAUUCUGAAGUGGAUGAGGUGGAGGGAACAAAGAUCUUUGAUACAUGGUUCCGUGUGGAUGCCAGACCCUUCAAACAAGCGUUACUGAAUAUCAUCAAACGAUGGAGCUAUAUGUUCAAACAACAUCUUAUUGAUCAUGUCACAAACAGCCUGAACGACUUGGCAGAAUUCAUUAAAGUAGCAGAUGUUGGUUUGACACAGCCUGUAGAGGAAGGAGAUUACAACGGCUUAGUGGCUGUCAUGGGACACCUCAUGGCUGUCAAGGACAGACAGACAGUGACUGAUGAAAUGUUUGAGCCACUUAAACAGACUAUUGAACUUCUCAAGACAUACGGACAAGAAAUGCCAGAGGAAGUACACACACAGCUUCAGGAACUUCCAGAACAGUGGAACAACACCAAGAAGAUUGCUGUGACAGUGAAACAACAGGUAGCUCCUCUCCAGGCCUCUGAAGUCGCCAUCAUCAGACGAAAAUGUGGACAGUUCGAUAUCAAACAGCACGAAUUCAGAGAGGACUUCCGCAAGACAGCUCCAUUCCAAUUCGAUUCCACGAAUUAUUACGAUCGCUUAGACAGGGCCAACUUCCAGAUCUGUGCCAUGGAGGAAGAAAUGAACGCGCUUUCCGAGUCCGCCGGCCUAUUUGAGGUGAACUUCCCUGAUUACAAACAGCUUCGUGCAUGCCGCCGUGAAGUGUCCCUUCUCAAACAGCUCUGGGACAUGAUUGAAGUUGUUUUAAGCAGCAUUGACGAGUGGAAGUACACACUGUGGGCCGACAUCAACGUAGAGAACAUGGAAAUGGAGUGUAAGAGGUUUGUGAAGGAGAUCCGGGGACUUGACAAAGAGAUGCGUGCAUGGGACGCGUUCACUGGACUGGACUCUACUGUCAAGAACAUGGUGACGUCAUUAAGGGCUGUGGGAGAGUUGCAGAAUCCGGCCAUCAGGGACCGCCAUUGGCAACAGCUUAUGCAGGCCACUAAAGUGAAAUUUGUGAUGAAUGACGAUACAAACUUAGCUGAUCUGCUGGCCCUCAACCUGCACAACUUUGAAGACGAAGUCCGUGGAAUCGUGGACAAGGCCACAAAAGAACUGGGAAUGGAAAAAGUGCUGAAGGAAUUGGAUGUCACUUGGUCGCAGAUGGAGUUUGAAUAUGAAAGCCACUUAAGAACCGGUAUCCCAUUACUCAAAUCAAGCGAGGAAUUGAUUGAAACUCUUGAGGAUAACCAGGUGCAACUUCAAAAUCUAAUCACAUCCAAGUACAUCGGGCAUUUCUUGGAAGAAGUCUCUUUGUGGCAGAAGAAGCUGUCUGUGUCAGACUCUGUGAUCUCCAUUUGGUUUGAGGUGCAAAGAACAUGGUCUCAUUUGGAGAGUAUCUUCAUUGGCUCUGAAGAUAUUCGUAACCAGUUACCUGAGGACUCCAAGCGAUUCGACGGAAUUGAUGUUGACUUUAAGGAACUGAUGAAAGAGGCCGCGGAAAUCCCGAACGUGGUCAAUUGCUGCAACAGAGAAGGACUGUAUGAGAAGCUGGAAAACUUGCAAGAAAGGUUGUCACUUUGUGAGAAGGCCUUGGCCGAGUAUCUGGAAACCAAACGUCUUGCUUUCCCGCGCUUUUAUUUCGUGUCGUCUGCAGACUUGCUGGAUAUUCUCUCUAAAGGCAACCAGCCUAUUGAGGUUAGUCGUCACUUGUCCAAGUUGUUUGACAACAUGGCAAAACUGAAGUUUGUAGAUGAUGCUGAUGGUAACCCCACUAAGGAAGCUGUUGGGAUGUACAGUAAAGAAGGGGAAUAUGUGGACUUCAACAAGCCUUGCGACUGUUCAGGACAGGUUGAAGUGUGGUUAAACCGUGUAAUGGAUGCCAUGCGCGCUACAGUCAAACAUGAGCUUUCAGAAGCUGUUGUAUCUUAUGAAGAGAAACCACGUGACCAGUGGCUGUUUGACUACCCGGCCCAGGUCGCCCUGUGUGGAACUCAAAUCUGGUGGACCACAGAAGUCGUGCUAGCUUUUGGAAGACUGGAAGAGGGAUACGAGAAUGCGCUGAAAGACUACUACAAGAAACAGGUUGCCCAGCUUACAACAUUGAUCAACAUGUUAAUCGGCGACUUGUCUAAAGGCGAUCGCCAGAAGAUCAUGACCAUCUGUACAAUCGAUGUGCACGCUCGAGAUGUGGUGGCCAAGUUGAUCCAUCAGAAAGUAGAGAACGCACUGGCUUUCCUAUGGCUCAGUCAGCUCAGACAUCGCUGGGAUGACUCCAUAGCUCACUGCUUUGCUAACAUCUGUGACGCUCAGUUCAAGUAUUCCUACGAGUAUCUUGGAAACACGCCUCGUUUGGUGAUUACGCCUUUGACUGACAGGUAAAUAUCGUUGAUUUGCGGUCAGUUCAA